AAGCCCAGUAAGGCCCAAUGUACCAAAACGACGUCGUAAUAAACCAGUUUUGACUGAAACGUCUUCUAGCUCCAUCCAAUAUAUCGUCUUCUUCCUUCUCCUCGAACCAAAAACAUCAGUCUCUCUUAGUCUCUGCGCUCGUGAAAAUCUCACACUCUGCGUUCGAAUUUUCGAAGAACAUUAGAGAUCUGGUAUUAUCUGGAUCCGAUCUGGUCACCAUGGAAGAGAAGAAGAUAGAAUCAAGCAACAAGAAUGUUAAGAAGGCCAAUCUAUUGGACCACCACUCGAUCAAGCACAUCCUCGACGAAUCCGUCUCCGAUAUCGUUACGAGCCGUGGCUAUAAGGAGGAUGUGAGGUUGAGCAACCUCAAAUUGAUUUUGGGAACGAUAAUCAUCGUUGUUGCUCUUGUUGCUCAAUUCUACAACAAGAAAUUCCCUGAGAACAGGGAUUUUUUAAUUGGAUGCAUCGCAUUGUAUGUAGUGUUGAAUGCGGUGUUGCAGCUGAUUCUGUACACUAAGGAGAAGAAUGCGAUUUUGUUCACCUAUCCUCCUGAGGGAUCAUUCACCAGCACUGGGUUGGUGGUAUCUUCAAAGUUGCCCAGAUUCUCUGAUCAAUACACUCUCACCAUCGACAGUGCUGAUCCAAAAUCAAUCUCAGCUGGGAAGUCAGUUGAGUUGACCAAAAGCGUCACCCAAUGGUUCACGAAAGAUGGAGUUCUUGUUGAGGGUUUAUUCUGGAAAGACGUGGAAGCACUAAUCAAGAACUAUGCAGAAGAAGAACCAAAGAAGAAAAAAUGAUCAUCUUUCCGAGAAAUAUAUGUUCUUAAAAAAACUCCAAAUGUUGCGUUUUAGAAAACUAAAUCGAUGGUGACUUUGUUUAGAGAUGAAACUAAUAUUGGGGUUUUUCCUCAUAGCCAGAUUUUCGAAUUAAUCUGAGAUUUUAUGAUCACCAUUUGGACAAUAAUAAAAAGCUUUAUCUCAGUAA